AUUGGGGAGGCCCCAUUGGGCGCCUGCGGGUCCUCUGCGCGGUUCCGGGGCGGUUCGGAAACCCCAGCGGGCGGCAGCGAGGGCCGCGAGGAGCCGUAGGGACGCGGGCUUGGGCGGCUGCAGGGGCGGCCCAGAGUCGAGGGGGCUGCUCAGCGCCGGCAGGCGGGCGGCCGGCGGGGCUGCCCGGCGCGGGUGUCCCGGCGAUGUGUGGCGCUGAAGCGGUGGCGGCGGCGGCGGCGAGCUCGGUUUCGGCUUCGCGGCGGUGCCGGCGGCGGAGGCGGAGGCGCAGGCUCCUGAUCAGGAGCUGGCGAGCCCGGGCCUAGGCGGCGGCCCCUCAAGGCCCCUGCACAGCGCCCGGGGCCGGGGCCCUUCCCACCUCGCUCUGCCCUGGGAGCCCGCCUCCCCGGCUGGGGAUGAGGCCGGGAGGCGGCCGCGCGGGGCCCAGCACAAAGGCUUGUCCUCAGGGACCGCCGCCGCCGCCCGCCUAGAGCCGCCUGCCGAAGCUGAGCCGGCGCGGGGGCCUUCGUCCCCGCCCGUCCCCGGGGGCGGCUGCUGCCCGUCUCCCCGAGGCCCAGGGUCGGGAUCACGGAGCCCCUUGCUCCCGCAGCCGCCGCCGCAGCCGACAGUGGGGCCCCCACGGAGUAUGUCGGAGGGGAGCGACAUGGAGAAAGCCAUCAAGGAAACCUCCAUUUUAGAGGAAUAUAAUAUUAAUUGGACUCAGAAGCUGGGAGCUGGAAUUAGUGGUCCAGUGAGAGUCUGUGUGAAGAAAUCAACCCAAGAACGGUUUGCACUGAAAAUUCUUUUUGAUCGUCCAAAAGCUAGAAAUGAGGUACGUCUGCACAUGAUGUGUGCCACACACCCAAACAUAGUUCAAAUUAUUGAAGUGUUUGCUAACAGUGUACAGUUUCCUCAUGAGUCCAGCCCCAGGGCUCGACUCUUAAUUGUAAUGGAGAUGAUGGAAGGGGGAGAGCUAUUUCACAGAAUCAGCCAGCACCGGCACUUUACAGAGAAGCAAGCCAGCCAAGUAACAAAGCAGAUAGCUUUGGCUCUGCAGCACUGUCACUUGUUAAACAUCGCACACAGAGACCUCAAACCUGAAAAUUUGCUUUUCAAGGACAACUCUUUGGAUGCCCCAGUGAAGUUGUGUGACUUUGGAUUUGCCAAAAUUGACCAAGGAGAUUUGAUGACACCCCAGUUCACCCCUUACUAUGUAGCACCUCAGGUACUAGAGGCACAGAGAAGGCAUCAGAAGGAGAAAUCUGGCAUCAUACCUACCUCGCCAACACCGUACACUUAUAAUAAGAGCUGUGAUCUGUGGUCCCUAGGAGUGAUUAUCUAUGUGAUGUUAUGUGGAUACCCUCCUUUUUACUCCAAACACCAUAGCCGGACUAUCCCAAAGGAUAUGCGGAAAAAGAUCAUGACGGGCAGUUUUGAGUUCCCGGAGGAAGAAUGGAGCCAGAUCUCAGAGAUGGCCAAAGAUGUUGUGAGGAAGCUCUUAAAGGUCAAACCAGAGGAAAGACUCACCAUUGAGGGAGUGUUGGACCACCCCUGGCUCAACUCCACUGAAGCCUUGGAUAAUGUGCUACCCUCUGCUCAGCUGAUGAUGGAUAAGGCAGUGGUUGCAGGAAUCCAGCAGGCUCACGCAGAGCAACUGGCCAAUAUGCGAAUCCAGGAUCUCAAAGUCAGCCUCAAACCCCUGCACUCUGUGAACAACCCCAUUCUGAGAAAGAGGAAAUUACUUGGCACCAAGCCAAAGGAUAGUGUUUAUAUCCAUGACCGUGAGAAUGGAGCAGAGGACUCAAAUGUUGCCUUGGAAAAGCUCCGAGAUGUGAUUGCUCAGUGUAUUCUCCCCCAGGCUGGUAAAGGCGAGAAUGAAGAUGAAAAGCUGAAUGAAGUAAUGCAAGAAGCCUGGAAAUAUAACCGGGAAUGCAAACUUCUAAGAGAUACUCUGCAGAGCUUCAGUUGGAAUGGUCGUGGAUUCACAGAUAAAGUCGAUCGACUGAAACUGGCAGAAAUUGUGAAGCAAGUGAUAGAAGAACAAACCAUGUCCCAUGAAUCUCAAUAAUGACAGCUUCAGAGUCUGUUUUUUAACAAUUUGAAAAUUAUUCUUUAAUGUAUAAAGUAAUUUUAUGUAAAUUAAUAAAUCAUAAUUUCAUUUUCAUAUUGCUUAAAGAUACUUAUAGAUUUAGAUACAGGAUUUAUGAAUAGUUCAUUUGUUUUUAAGAAAAGCUCAGUUUCUAGAGAUAGACUAUUGUUUAGGACUGUUUUAGUAACAUAUAUUUGUAAGAUGACAGGUGGUAUUGUCAAACAAGAUUACUUUAUUUGUAAUAAAGUAUACAAAAACUG